AUGGAACUUUUGCGCAAAGCUAACGUGAUUAGGCUGAGAAGCCACCAUGACAAGUUCCUAAUGGCAGAUGAUGAUGAAGAAGGUGUGAGCCAAGAUCGAAAUGGUGCAAUGAGGAAUGCUAGAUGGACGGUGGAGAUCGUGGAAAAAUCUGGUGUUAUACGUUUGAGAAGCUGUUAUGAUAAGUAUCUAACAGCUUCUAACAUGCCAUUUCUAUUUGGGAUGACAGGGAAGAAAGUUCUACAAACCUUGCCAAGAAGAUUGGAUUCUUCUGUGGAAUGGGAGCCAAUCAGAGAAGGAGUACAAGUCAAGCUUAAGACUCGUUAUGGACAAUAUUUACGUGCAAAUACAGGUCUACCACCUUGGAGAAAUCAUAUCACUCAUGAUAUUCCUUAUAGAAGUUCAACCCAAGAUUGGAUUUUGUGGGAUAUUGAUAUUGUAGAGAUGAGGAGACGAGAUCCACCACCACAGCCACAAGAAUCCACUGCCAACUUCCCUAUGCCUGUGCAUUAUGAGAAACCUCAGCCCAAUAAUCAAGCUGAGGUUGCAGAUAAUUCUGAGCCUGGUUUAUUGUUUGCUGCCCCCACAUUUUCAAGAAUAGAGUCUAAUGAUUCAUUUACGGGUGUACCGGUCAAAAAUGAGGGCAGGCUCAUCAAUUACUGUGUAGCUGACAAAAAUGGUGAUGUUGAUGAAAAUACGAAGCUUUCAUUUACUUUCAAGGGAAGUGUGGUGGAAGAAUUGACAGAGAGAUUGAAGGAAGAGACAGGGCUAGAUGAUAUUCAAGUGUGUUCUCGAAAUCCAUUGAAUGGGAAGCUUUAUCCUCUUAGGUUACAUCUUCCUCCAAACAAUGCAGAGAUGCAUGUUGUUGUAAUUCCCCCGCCAGAGAGAGGCUAG